AUGAUGUGGCACACGGUCGUAGUCCUGCUACCGCUGGCACUAGCGCUUGUGUAUGCCCAAGAUGCGGAUGAGUUUGACGUCAUAGAGCCCCAAGAGAAGGUGGUUUCGGUUUCUGCGCAGACAAUGCCUGCGCCGGGCUUCGCCACGUUGGCCAAACAGCUUAUCCCCUUCCAGGACCCGGAUUAUUUCGUGAUUGAAGCAAGUAGCUGGGGCAUUGGUAUCCUUUACUUAGUGUUCUACAUUGUCGGCAAGGCACAGAACCGUAGAAUUGCGAACAAAUGGCUGGACGAAGCAGAACCAGUGCUGCGUACUCAGUUCUCGUACACGGGGUCAGCGGCGGUGAAUGGUAUGGGUUUGAUCGAGGAAAGCCAAAGCAAUUUUAAAUAUUUUUGCACAGGCCGACGCUUCUUGACGCGCUUUGUUGCUGACCUGGAGUUGAAACUUCGUCACGACGUCAUCAAUCGCAUUUACUACCUCGUCGUGCCGACGUCAGACUACCUGACGAUCGAUGUGGGUUUGCAUGGCGAGCAAGUGGACCCUUUCAUCCUUGGUAUUAGCAAGAAGUUGAGCUUUACCGCGUUGGCCAAGACAUUCCCCGAGCUAAUCGAAAUAGCCAAGCAGAUUCCGGUUAAGGAGGUGCCUGAGUCGAUGUGGGUUGCUACAGACUGCACUGAAAUUUCCAAGGCUGCGCUAACAUACUCCGUACAAGCGUCUCUGAACGAGCUGGAAGACUUCCUCGAGUACAUUGUGAUCACUGACAUGAACAAGCAGCUAAUAAUUGGUAUGCCAAAGACACAGAAGCACAUCCUACGGGCCCGCUUCAAACUUCAGGCGUGUUCAAAGACGUUGGAUACGCUGAAGGCGCUUCAGCUUAUAUUUACCCUGAUUGACGGCGUUGGGGCCUUCAUCAAGCUGUCACCAAACGCGAAGCAUAGUGCGAUUAAAAGACGUUUAAAGAUUAAACAAGCUGCUGAGGCUCUUGCUUCCGCCCAAGGAGAUCGUGCUGCCAAUCGCAAAGCAGAACUGAACGAGAAGAAACAGAAGGAGUACGAGUCUCUGUCGUACGAUGAGCAGCAGAAAGUUGAUGCAAAGAAUGAGAAGAAAGCCGCUCGCAAGCGCUUUAACCGCAAGAAGUAA